CGUAACAUGAUCUGAUUGUUUAGUUGAUCAGAAAAUGGCGGCCGUGGAAGUGAAGAAGAGAGAAUACAACGUACUUGCCGGGGAAACGCACAGAGUGGAGGGUAGGUCAGGAGGCAUCGUAACAACGCAGCCGUCCGCCCAGUCUGGAAUAGAGAGCUAUGUGCUUGAUUUGGAUGCACAACAAGUCGCAACUUGGACUCCGGAAGAUGUGAUCAAUAACUUUGUUGAAAAAGUUGGUCUUGGAUACUUGAAUGAAGCCUUUCUUGCAAACAAAAUUACAGGAAGAGCUCUGAUGUUACUCAAUGAGGGACAUUUGAAGGAAAUGGGUGUUCAUGCCAUUGGUGACAGAGUAUAUUUGUUAGAUAUGAUUGGUUUGCUGAAGAAAAAGAAGAAAGAGCUUGAAUCAACAGCAACAUUAUGGAGUGGUGAGACUCCUGCUCCAGGCAUGGCCUAUAGCAAAGGUCUCUGUCACUGUCUUGGAAAAACACUCUGCCCAUGUUGUGUUGCACGUACCUACUGGAAGGUUACAGCUCAAGGUGUCUUCUACAGAGAGGUCCCAGUGCUCAGAAGGCAUUUUGGUACAGUUUCCACCGAGUACAUGGACUACAGGUUCUUUAAGGACCUUGAGCUUAAAGAAAGCUUUUUCUGCUGCUGUUUCUGCAAAAGACAUGCUCUUGAAAUGUAUGUUGAAGACAAAGAUGCAAAAGCCUCAGAGCGUGAUGGUGGUGCCAGUGGUUUUCCUGUCCCACACAUCUUGUUGCACCCAGAUGCAGCUAAAGUGGAACAGAUUGUACGCAAUGCUUGGACACAAGCAAGACUUGUUGCUGAUUAAGCACUUUGAGACAAUUGUCUUCUUUAUUUACAUAAAUCAAUGAAUUCCGCUUGCUUUAAAUGGUGGACUGUAUGAAAAAUCUCAAGCAUUACUCUAAAACUUGUAAGCUUUAUAGGUGAAACCAUUUACAAUUUAUAAUUUGUGCUAAGAGGGUAUUUCUAUGAUAAUUUCAUGGGUUAGAUGUAGGACAAAUUUUCAGACUUGAUAACAAAGAGUGUGUUAUCAGAGGCAUUUCUGAAAUGGAUGUUAUUUAAUUUUUGGCAUUUGCUACAUUGUAUUUUUAAUUUUGGUAUGUAUUAUUUCUUUGUGAAAUUUGUGGAAAUUGAAAAUCAAUUAAUUUUGUUGCAAGA